AUGGCCACCGACUCCUUCCAAGAAGAGCCCGCGCAGUGCGAGGUGCCCAACAUCACCUUGUCCUCGGACAACAACAUCUCCAGAUCCUCAACCACAAAUCAUUCGACUCCAGGCGCCCCUGUUGUAGUGUUGACCAGACCGCGUGAGCAAACGGGGCUCGGCGCUGCAAAACCGACUAGCACGACCGAAUUGCGGCAGAUCACCCUCGUUCAGCGGCCACUAUCCGCACCAACAUCACUCACAUCAUCGCAUAGUCCAGCUCCCGUCUCGUUUGACCAGUCGGCGCUGGCAAACAUCCCUCACACGAUGGCGACGACGACCCCAGUGGCAUCGUCGGGAGCCUCCGAGCCGUCAAUGGAUGUCGACGCAUCCAUUGUGCAAGCACUCAAGUCCUCUAAAGACCGUCUCUAUGUACUAAAACUCGGGGAAACUAUGGAGAACCUCAUUUCUCAAGGGACCCUCUACGCAAAGGUCGAACUCCAGCCCGCGAGCUCUUAUCAGCGCCUCCUCGUGCACCGAUGCGCUACAUUCUAUCAUUUGACGCUAGAGUCAAUGCCAAAUAGCACCCUUUCGGUCAUUGUGAAUCCUGACAGCCGAAUACCAUCAAAGCGGAUCGCGGAGCUCGUUCCGGCGGAAGAGACGAAGCUUCCAGCGUUCCAGAUCAUGCGUCGAGUCGAUCGACCCAAGACUGUCUCACGAGCGACUUCUGUAGAUGGAAAUUUGACGGACGAUGGUGAAGAUACGCGUUCCCAAGGGAGCGGGUCUAAAAAACGACAACAUAGAACGAUCGAGGAACGAGAAGCCGAGUACAAUAAGGCUCGUUCGCGUAUAUUUAUGGACUUUGAGGAAAAAGACGCCAGCGUCUCUUCGAGUGGAGCCAUUAGUUCGGCCGCUUCCGCUGUCAGCUUUACGGGAGGGAGCACCGGAAUGUCCAGUGUUGAUGGUGACGGUGCGAGUACGGCACCAACGGAGAGUGAGUACUCUGGACCGACAGGGCGCGGCAAGGAGUCGUGGUAUACCGGGACGUAUAACAGAGGGAAAUCGAACAAUGGGCAGGCGGCGCCUUCUGCUGCACUCCGGUCCAAUUCGGUUCCGUUGUCCAACGCAAACAUGGCGCCAACGCCGACUGGAGCCGGUCAUUAUACACAAGAACCCGCCAACUUGCCAGAAGGGCAACCAUCACAUCUUCCGCUAGCUCCCGCACCCGCUCCAGCUGCAUUCGCCGCAUUUCCUCAACCAAUAUAUCCGUACUAUGUACCCUUAUACUAUCCGAUGCCAUACGCGCAGCAAGUUCCUCCACCAGGACAGCAGACUGGCGCAGGACAAGCGCCCACUGAUCAACAACCACCACCCGCGCAGUCUGGGUACAUUCCCCCUCAGCCGUAUCCUGGCUAUGUCUGGAUGCCAGCGCCGCCUCCGGGAUUCAUCCCUAUCCAGCCACCUGGAAUGAUGGCUCCGGCACCUCCUCCGCCUCCCCAGCAGGAAGGCACUCACCGUCCACCGUCCAGGCCAUCCAGUCAGGCAUCUCAGCAGAGUCAUUCUUCGUUUGACUCCCGACCUGCUAUGCGCCCCCAAGGACCGCCUCAGCCAGCCGUUCCUCAGCAAUUUGGAGGACAUGCGCCUACGUAUCCCGGCCACACUCCUCAGCAACCACCUCAUCAAAAUUUACAUCCGAUUUCACCUAAUCAGCGACCGGGAUCACUAAUUCAGACGCCUCCAAAGGGACCACCGCAUGGUAAUCGAAAUGAUAUGCCAAACUACAAUCAACCACAGCAGCCUUGGGUUCAGCCGCCUCCAAACACAAUGCCACUUGCUGGUCGCGGCCCAAAUGUUUCGUAUUCGGGACCUGGCCGGCCGACGCCCCCAAUGACGGGCUCUACAGGGCAUCCCAUUUCGACUCCUAAACGCAACGCUGCUCGUACCGCGUGGGGGAACAACUCUUUUGGGCCAGGCGUUAGCUACAGCGAAAAAGUGCCACAAACGGGUCCCAUUGGUCCCGCAGGUGGCAUCUUGCGAGCUCCUGACGGACUCAACAUUCGUGUUCUUCCGACGAUCACACAUGACGCGCAAAGUAUCGCUAGCAGCAGCAGCGGUGGCAGUCUCCGCAAGCGAGGCGCGACGUCCAGCGGCGUCAAGUCUUCCGGAGAUGAGGCAUCCUCAGUAACACAGUCUUCUAGCUCGUCUUCAUCCAAGCGGACGUUUACAUCGACCGCAUCGUCUCAACCCCAGCAUCCGCUACCAGAAAGACCGGACUGGGCGAUUGGUGCCCGACCGCAACCAGGCGGCUUGAGAGGAAAGGGACCUCCGGGUGGCAUAGCCCGCCACAUUCUGCAGCCGAGCACGACGUCCUCUCAUACACCUUCUCCAAUCGCACUGUCGAGCAAUCUCUCCUCAAGCUCGAGCUCGAUGUCGGGCGGGGACACCAUGGCAAAAGAGUUUCCACCAUUGGGUGGCGACUUGAGAGCCGUGUCUAGUGGCUCGACAAACCUGCGGGCUUCCCCCAAAAGUGUCUGGAAUAAUGGACAAUCGAGCCCAGCGCGUGCGCCGGGCGGCGUUGGGGUGGCAUCACUACCUACGCGACCCACAGGUCUUGGAGACGGCGAAGUACGAUUCGAGGAAUCCAAUCCAAAGUUUGAUCGUCCGCCUCCCAAAUCUGGAGCGGCCCUUUACAAUCCUCGUGCGACGACCCCGAGUCGAUCAAAAUCCCGAGAUGGCCAAGCCGGGUCUUUGACUGAGCUGACUAGCCAACUCGAGUCGACAUCUCUUGGAGACAAUCCAAAGCCGCAUGGAAGCUUUGCUGGAUCAAAGGAGUCACUCCCUCUUGAAAGCGGGUCCUCUGGAGCGGCUACUACGGACGCUGGAAGCGGAGAUAGUUGA